AUGAGCCAGGUGCUGGGGAAGCCGCAGCUGGAAGACGGGGACGACGACGAGGAGGAUGAGCUGGUGGGGCUGGCGGACUAUGGGGACGGGCCCGACUCCUCGGAUGCCGACCCGGACAGCGGGGCGGAGGAGGGAGUCCUGGACUUCAGCGAUCCCUUCAGCACCGAGGUGAAGCCCCGGAUCCUGCUCAUGGGCCUGCGGAGAAGCGGCAAGUCGUCGAUUCAGAAAGUUGUCUUUCAUAAGAUGUCCCCCAAUGAGACGCUGUUCUUGGAGAGCACCAACAAGAUCUGCCGGGAGGAUGUUUCCAACAGCUCCUUCGUGAACUUUCAGAUCUGGGACUUCCCAGGACAGAUUGACUUUUUUGACCCUACCUUUGACUAUGAGAUGAUCUUCCGGGGAACAGGAGCCCUGAUAUUUGUCAUAGACUCCCAGGAUGAUUACAUGGAAGCGCUGGCCCGGCUGCACCUCACCGUGACCCGGGCCUACAAAGUGAACACCGACAUCAACUUCGAGGUGUUCAUUCACAAAGUGGACGGCCUGUCCGAUGACCACAAAAUUGAAACCCAAAGAGAUAUUCAUCAGAGGGCAAACGAUGACCUUGCCGAUGCUGGAUUAGAAAAAAUUCACCUCAGCUUUUAUCUGACAAGCAUAUAUGACCAUUCAAUAUUUGAAGCUUUUAGCAAAGUGGUUCAGAAACUAAUUCCACAACUCCCCACCCUGGAGAACUUGCUAAACAUCUUUAUCUCUAAUUCUGGAAUUGAAAAGGCAUUUCUAUUUGAUGUGGUCAGUAAAAUUUAUAUCGCAACUGAUAGCACCCCAGUAGAUAUGCAAACCUAUGAACUCUGCUGUGAUAUGAUUGAUGUAGUGAUUGACAUCUCCUGUAUUUAUGGUCUCAAAGAAGACGGAGCAGGAACCCCCUAUGACAAGGAAUCAACAGCCAUUAUAAAGCUGAAUAAUACCACAGUUCUUUAUUUAAAAGAGGUGACAAAGUUCCUGGCUCUGGUUUGCUUUGUCAGAGAGGAAAGCUUUGAAAGAAAAGGGCUUAUUGACUAUAAUUUUCAUUGCUUCCGGAAGGCCAUCCAUGAAGUUUUUGAGGUGAGAAUGAAAGUGGUGAAAUCGAGAAAGGUUCAGAAUCAACUGCAGAAGAAAAAAGGAACCACCCCCAAUGGGACCCCUCGAGUGCUGCUGUAG